UACUGGCCAUAUCAAGAAUCAGGUUAAAGUAAUUCGCCAUCCAUCAGCCCACUUUCAGUUUCUAUCUCUACUCACACAGGUCUCAUCCUGGUUUUGACAACUGAUGUGUGAUCUUAGGUUACUCACUGCCCUCCUGACCAAAGCAAGUCACAGACUCUACUUCACUGUUGAGAAUUUAAUGGAUUGUCAAUAGGUCCAAUCACUUUAACGUUUAAUACAUGUUGUUUCCUUGCCUUCGUUCUCUCAGGCUAGCGCAGUUUUCUGUACGGCUGCCGAUCAGCCUGAAGUGAUUGUAAACUCUUUGAAAGGGAAUAAAAGCCAAAUAAAUCUUUUGAACUGAGGCAAGAGGAGAGUGCCAACUCAUUCCAUGAGUGUCGGGCAUGGCAAACUUACGGAAGGCGAUGCUACAGGAGAAUGUUUUCACUCCGAAAGGAGAAAAGCUGAUGCACGUCCUGCAAAUACAGGUAUCUGAAGGAAAUGAGGAUUACUGCUUGUGCCUCACAGUUACCAGGGAUGAAGAGGUUCAGAUCACCUUUUUGAAAAUUUUACCUAAUGGACUUAAAGAGAAAUACAUGACUCAGGCGGUCUGGUUCCUAGAAGAUUUAACAGUGGUGGAUGGAAGAGAUGCGACUGCAGAUAAUCCUUAUCUUGACCUGCACUUUCAGACUGUCUGUAGCUGGGAGGCCAGUAGCACAGCAGCCAAGUAUGCUUUUGUACGAAGUUUAAGGAAGAUGAACAAAGUCUACCUGCAAAAAGACAUACAAUUCCUGAAUUUCGACAGUGAUUUCAUCCAGGAAAUGAGUUUCUUUGGAGUCCCUGAAGAUACGAUGAUGGUGAUACAGCUUUGUUUGCAAGCCUUCAACUGUUUCUGUCUUUUGGGCUCUUUAUAAUUGGCUCUAAUUACAUUAUAAUUAUGAUAGUCUUAAAACUAUGACCUGGUUCAACACCCAACAUUGUUUCACUUGGUUGCUUAAAUAUUAUUUCAAAUAAGUCAUGCUUGUCAAAGCCAUAUGCCAGCAGGCCACAGAAUUCAUUUGAAGCAAAAUUUAAGAACUUAUUUUCUACACAGUGCAACUUAUCAAAAUAUACACUUCCAUACUGAAGUUAUACCAUACACGUUACUGAAGAUGGAAAUAUAUUGUGUUUUCUAGCUUCUCUUUAAAACAGCUACAGCUAGAAUGUUACGAACAAAUUUGCCCAGAUGUCCCACAAUACUGAAAUAAUCAGAUCACUAUGAACACAAGCCAGUACCAGUGCAAAACACUCCCGACUUUAUUAGGAAAUAAGUAAUGAUAGAUUUUACUAUAAAGCAAUACAAUUUGGCAUGCUAAGCUAACAAUACUUCACAAGUCUCUUGUACAUUUAUGCAGUUGCUCUCUCUCUCUGGCUCUGUCUCUAAUACUGUGAAGCUUCUCUCUAUCUCUCUCUCUCUGGAUGGUCACUUGGUCUUUGCCUUUUGCCAUGGUGGUCUCCUUGGAAGACCUCCAGAAGACUUAAGAGAGCAGUCCACGGGCCAACCCUAUACUUAUACUUUUUCAAUGGUUUUCUGGAACUCUCUAUAGUUCUGGCCAUUCAGGGAGAUGCACUUAAUAGUUGAAACAGUAUCAAUCAUUUGGAUGGUUUGCUACUGUUUGUUUCCUUCUGUAGCAGGACUCAGUGCUAUUCUGUUAGGACCCUCCUUUAUUUGGUGGAUAAGUUGUUCAGGGUGAUAAAGAGUGGUGCUGGAA